AUGUUUGAACCAGAGCAAUAUCCACAAAGUCGGUUGCAACAAACCAUUGCUUGCCGCUCAUGUAUGGAACUAGUCUCCAUCGAAUGUACGUACAGAUCUGUAGUCUGUGCCAAAAUCUCAGAAGAGCCGGAUAUUGUGACAGUCGACGAAUUUGGCGGGAUGAGUCAACUCAACCUCCAGGAGACCAGGGUCACCGGCAUCAGAGGUAAAUUCCUAGCUCCUUUGAUGUUUUCGAUGCGCCUGGCCGUGGAAGCCCUGCAAGCAGCGCAGAACUUUCGGCGGUUCCCCCAGGGGCCAAGAUGCCAAAAAGUUGAACAUGAUACCUAA